AUGUGUAUCAAGCUUUCCAUAUUGCUUCUGUCACUGGUGGUACUAUGUCUGCCCCGGACGUGUCCUGCCCAGGCCGAGCAGCGUACGGAGUCGCACCAUCGUCAGAAAAGGCUGUUGUGGGUUACCGAAGACGGAAGACUAGCCCUGCCGCCGGGCACGGCGCUGGUGAUCACACCCUCGUUGGGUUUGCCGUUCGUGCGAUACCCGCCGGAUGGGUUUCAUUCCAAUUUGUCAAUCAGUUUGCCAUUCACAAUCGAUUUCGACAAACUUGGCUUGACGGACAACGAAAAUCCCUACGGUGUUCUUCCACCAGUUCUAGCCCGUUCAAUGGGCCGUGCAGCAGGUAGUAUGCUAGCAGACUACGUUGGAAGGUACAUUACCCACAGGCGUAGUCGGCGAUCUCCACCUAGUCUGCCCGAAGAAAUUCGACAUGCGUUUCACGGAGGUGAAAGAGUAAUACUUUACGCGGCCUUAGAAGAUCUUUUGAGUUCGUUUGGCAUGGACGGUAAAGCCUGCUUACUCAGGGCGAUUUGUGAGGUCCAUGCUAGACCUAUGAAGAGGCUUGGAUUGAUAGGAGAGAUGCUCCGAUUAUUUUUAAGUGCAAGUAAAUCACCAUAUUCUGACUACCUUCAAGAAUAUGUGGAGGCAGAAAGUACAGGCGCCGGAAAUCAGGGCCAAACUGAAUGUUGGCCUUAUUAUAAAGCUUGUCCAAAGAGUUUAUUCUGGUCUUCAAAUAAAUAUACACAAGAGAAGGAUGAAAAAAAUCAUAAUGAUGACGAUUUGAACAUAGAAGAAAAUGUGAUACCCAAUAUUGGAAAUAUGGAGAAAAGAUCAAGUUCUAUAAACCACAAAAGAAAACCCAGUAAUAGUUAUAUGUAAAAUAAAUAGAGAUGUAGU